GACUUCCAAGAUAAUCACCCAACCCGUUCACUCACAUGUUCUGCAAGAGUAUCUAACUUAUGAGCGUAUUGAACUCCUCACCCACAGAGAAAACGAAAAUGCCCAAACUAACCUCAAGGGCUCAUCCCGUUCAUUUCCUCUUCCUCUUCUUCCUCCCGUUCUUCCUCAACCAUGCAGAGUCCCAGCAACUCCAAACUCAGGAACAGCAGAUUCUAUCGCGACUACGGCAUUACUGGGAAAACCUGCCAACGCUCUACCACUGGGCUUCCCCCAACUCCUCGAGUUCCCAUUGUUCAUGGCCGGAGAUCACGUGCACAGACGGUUCAGUCACCGGACUGGUCCUCGCCAACAAGGGCGUAAGCGGUACUGUACCAUCUUUCAUCUGCGAGCUUGGAAACCUCACGACCCUCGACUUGAGUUACAACAACAUUCCUGGAGGAUUUCCAACGGUACUCUACAGCUGCUCCAAGCUUGAGCACCUCGACAUCUCGCAGAAUUACUUCGUGGGUUCUGUUCCAUCGGAUAUCGACCGAAUGGCCAAUCUUCAGUACCUCAGCCUUGCCGCCAAUAACUUCUCGUUUGAUAUCCCGCCGGCAAUUGGAAGAUUGAGUCAGCUAAAGGAUCUCUAUUUAUACCAGAACCAGUUCAAUGGCACUUAUCCCGAUGAAAUAGCAAGUCUCUCCAACCUCGAAGCUCUAGGAAUGGCUUAUAACCGGAAGUUCAGGCCAUCUACUUUCCCUGUGAAAUUUAUCACCGGGCUCAAGAAGCUGACUUACUUGUGGAUGGCCGAUAUGAACUUAGUCGGUCAAAUCCCGGAGACCAUUAGUAAUAUGGAGGCUCUACAGUUCCUGGAUUUAUCCAUGAAUCCAUUGAGCGGAAAAAUUCCUAGUGGCAUCUUCACAUUGAAGAAUCUGAGUGAAAUCUAUCUCUUCGCGAACAAUUUGACAGGGGAGAUUCCUCAGAGGAUUGAAUCAUUGGAAUUGAGCGUGAUCGAUCUCUCUGAAAACAACCUGACAGGAAAAAUACCAGAUGGUUUCGGGAAACUCGAUAAGCUACAGAGUUUAGUCCUGAUAUACAAUCAAUUAUCAGGAGAAAUUCCAGAAAGCUUGGGGCGACUACCUGCCCUGACCGAUGUGAGAUUGUUUUCCAACAAUUUUUCAGGCACUCUACCUCCUGAUUUUGGGCGGUAUUCUCCGCUCGAGGGAUUUGAGGUCAAUUCAAAUCAGUUUACUGGACCACUGCCAGAGAACCUGUGCCUUGCUGGGAAAUUGACUGGAGUUGCUGCAUACGACAACGAUCUCACGGGGGAACUGCCAGAAUCGCUUGGGAAAUGCGACAGUUUGCGGAUUGUCACCGUGAGCAAUAACCGGCUUUCAGGGAAGAUCCCCGAAGGCCUGUGGACUUCAUUGAAUUUGUCGACAGUUAAGUUGGAUAACAAUGAUUUCUCCGGGGAGCUUCCAGAUAGGAUCUCCUGGAACCUUUCCCGGAUCGAGAUCAAUAAUAACCGGUUCUCAGGGAAUAUUCCGGCAGCCAUUAACGCCUGGAAGAGCCUUGUCGUGUUUGAGGCCAGCAACAACCUCCUUUCCGGUCCAAUUCCUGUUGGCCUUACUGAUCAUCCUCUUCUAACAACUCUCUCACUUGGCCAGAACAAUCUGUCAGGAAAUCUUCCUGAGACCAUCGUCUCAUGGAAGUCCCUGACCAUGUUGAACCUUAGCCACAACAAACUCUCUGGCCCGAUUCCCGAAAAGAUUGGUUCGCUUCCUGUCCUGAGGCAGAUAGAUUUGUCUGACAACCAGCUCUCGGGGCAUAUUCCCUCCCAGCUUGGUCUCUUGCUGCUCACUUUCCUCAACUUAUCCUCAAACCGACUUACCGGAAAAAUACCGGACGAGCUCGAAAAUUCGGCGUAUUCAAGCAGUUUUUUGAGCAACACCGGACUCUGUGCAAGCAAUCCCACAGCAGUCCAACUCAAAGCUUGCAACGGUGGAUCGCGAGGCUCAAAAGAAGUCUCCUCAAACACCCUCAUCUUCAUUGUUUUAGCAAUAGCAUCAGCAUCCCUGACGGUUAUCAUCAUUGGUGCAUAUAUACCGAAGAUCUACCAGAAUAGGAAGCCGGACUCCAACUAUACGUGGAAAUUGACUCCCUUCCACAGGUUGGAGUUUACAGAAUCAAAUAUUCUGUCGGGCCUGAUAGAACAAAACCUAGUUGGGAGUGGAGGGUCGGGAAAAGUUUACCAGGUUCCGAUCCAUCAAUCCGGCGGUUUUGUGGCAGUGAAGAGGAUUUUCAACACCAGAAAGUUAGAUUACAAGCUUGAGAAAGAGUUUCUGGCAGAGGUUCAUAUCCUUGGAAAGAUAAGGCACUUGAACAUUGUGAAGCUUCUGUGCUGCAUUUCGAGCGAGAACUCGAAGCUUCUGGUGUACGAGUACAUGGAGAAUCGAAGCUUGGACCAGUGGUUACACCUAAAGAAGAGGCAGUCUAAUAGCAACGAUGUCCUGUUGGAUUGGCCCAAGAGGUUGAAGAUUGCGAUCGGGGCCGCUCAGGGGCUCUGCUACAUGCACCACGACUGCUCACCUCCGAUUAUUCACAGGGACGUGAAGUCCAGCAAUGUCCUGCUAGACUCGGAAUUCAAUGCCAAAAUUGCAGAUUUUGGCCUCGCCCGAAUAUUAAUCAAGCCAGGCGAAGUCGAUACCAUGUCAGCUGUUGCUGGUACUUUUGGGUACAUCGCUCCAGAAUACGCUCACACUACGAGAAUAAAUGCGAAGAUUGAUGUCUACAGCUUUGGAGUAAUUCUGUUAGAGCUGGCCACUGGAAGGGAACCCAAUGACGGAACUGAGGACAUGUCCCUGGCCGAGUGGGCAUGGCGCCAUAUGCAGGAAGGCAACCCAAUUUGGGACGCCUUAGAUAAGGAGAUCAGGGAACCAUGUUACCUGGACGAGAUGAGCUGUGUGUUCAGGCUUGGGAUCAUCUGCACAGGCACCUUCCCCUCGGCAAGGCCUUCCAUGAAGGAAGUCUUGCAGGUCCUGCAAAAAUGCUUGAGCCGGUUGGAUAUUCGGGUGCAGAAGAACACAAGGGAUGAGGUCUCUGCCACUCCCCUGCUCAGGAACUCCAAGCGCGAGCAAGCACUGCUAGAUGAGGACAGCAGUCUCUUAUGUCGCACAUAUUAGAUCUUUUUUUUUUUUUUUUUGAUAAAAGCACGUAUUAGAUCUUAAAGACAUGCUCAUACAUACAUGUACAGAGGAGAAGAAAGUUAUACAACUGGAAAAUGCCAGAUCCCUUCGCGUCA